ACAGUCAACUUUCAAAAGUCUGUCAACCUCUCCCUUGACUUGGAUGCUUAAAAAAAAAAUCCCAACCUUGGGGGGUUCCAAUCCCCAAAAAGAUGUUGAUUAAAUUAUUCCCAAUUCCGUUGCUUAUAAUCUUAGCUUUCCCAAUUUCAGCAGAAUCAAGAUGCACCGUCAGAAGCUGCACCGCCUUAGCAUCCUACUACGUUUGGUCAGAUUCCAACUUGACCUUCAUAUCCCAGGUUCUUCAAUCCCCCCUUGUCCCUUACUCCACAGUCAAUUUCGACCCAAUCCUUGCUUACAACAAACAAGUUGCCAACAAAGACAGCGUCAAAGCCGGGAGUAGAAUCAAUGUUCCUUUCCCUUGUGACUGCAUCAAAGGCGAAUUCCACGCCCAUGAGUUCAACUACAGUAUUAGGCCACGCGACACUUACGACAAGAUCGCCAGAGAGUACUAUUCCAAUCUGACGACGGUCGAGUGGUUGCAGCGGUUCAAUUCCUUUCCGGCGGCGAAUAUACCGGAUACUGGGACGACGGUUAGUGUGGUGGUUAACUGUUCGUGCGGUGAUGCUGAUAUUUCCAAGGAAUACGGCUUGUUUGUAACGUAUCCGCUCCGGCCUGGGGAGAAUCUGAGUUCUGUGUUGACCCAGGCGAAUCUUUCGUCGGAUUUAUCGGGGUUGGUGCAGAGAUACAACCCCGGGGUGAAUUUCAGUUCAGGGGCCGGUUUGGUAUAUAUUCCGGGCAGAGAUAAUAAAUUUCCACCACUCAAAUCAAGCAAAGGAAUUUCAGGUGGAGUUAUUGCUGGGAUAUGUAUAGCAGCCAUACUGGUAUUGUUGUUGCUGGCAGUUGGUCUACAUGUUGGAUUUUUCCGGAAGAAGACGACAAAGGAAGCAACAUUGUUAUCAGCAGCUUCCCCAGAUUUAUCAGCUCAAACUGGAAACGCUUUUGGAAGCAAGGCGGUAGAAUCAACUCCAGCUGUUGCUGCUUCUCCAGGCCUUACUAGCAUUACAGUGGACAAAUCAGUUGAGUUCUCUUAUGAAGAACUUGCCCAGGCGACUGAUAGUUUCAGUAUGGCUAACAAGAUCGGUGAAGGUGGCUUUGGGGCUGUUUACUAUGCAAAUCUGAGAGGCGAGGAAGCUGCAAUCAAGAAGAUGGAUAUGGAGGCAUCUAAAGAAUUUCUAGCGGAAUUAAAGGUUUUGACACAUGUUCAUCACCUGAACCUGGUGCGUUUGAUUGGAUACUGUGUUGAAGGCUCUCUUUUCCUAGUUUAUGAAUACAUUGAGAACGGCAAUCUAACUCAGCAUUUACGAGGCUCGAGCAGGGAGCCACUUCCUUGGUCUGCUCGAGUGCAAAUUGCCCUUGACUCAGCCAGAGGUCUUGAAUAUAUCCAUGAGCAUACUGUUCCUGUUUACAUUCACCGUGACAUUAAAUCAGCUAAUAUAUUGAUAGACAAAAAAUUCCGUGCAAAGGUUGCAGAUUUCGGAUUAACAAAACUGACAGAAGUAGGAAAUGCAUCGCUGCCGACACGUCUUGUCGGGACAUUUGGAUACAUGUCGCCAGAAUACGCUCAAUAUGGUGAUGUUUCUCCUAAAAUAGAUGUAUUUGCGUUUGGGGUCGUGCUGUAUGAGCUAAUUUCAGCUAAAGAAGCCAUUGUCAAGGCAUAUGGCUCUGUCGCUGAAUCGAAGGGUCUUGUGGCUCUGUUUGAAGAAGCUUUUGAUGAGCCUGAUCCUAAAGAAGGGCUGUCCAAACUUAUCGAUCCAAGGCUCGGAGAUAGUUAUCCAUUUGACAAUGUGUUCAAGAUGGCUCAGCUGGCCAAAGCCUGUACUCAGGAGAAUCCUCGACUGCGACCGAGUAUGAGGUCAAUAGUGGUUGCUCUAAUGACUCUUUCAUCCAACACAGAGGAUUGGGAUGUUGGUUCUUUCUAUGACAAACAAGCCGUUGUCAACCUUAUGUCUGGACGAUAAA